CCCUCACGGUAUAAAACCAUUGCCAACGCAAUUCCAAAUCAUCUCAUCUUUUUCAAUUUUCAUUUUUUCUUACAACAUCAGAAAACUUUUCUGCUAGAAUCUAGUCUUCAAAUCUCGAAAUGGACGCAAGCACAAAGACAAAGAAGGGAGCCGGAGGAAGGAAAGGAGGAGGACCAAGGAAGAAGUCCGUCACCAGAUCCGUCAGAGCUGGUCUUCAAUUUCCCGUAGGAAGAGUCGGCCGAUUCUUGAAGAAAGGUAGAUACGCUCAGCGUGUUGGUACUGGUGCUCCUGUUUACUUGGCUGCAGUUCUCGAAUAUCUUGCUGCUGAGGUUCUUGAGUUGGCUGGAAAUGCAGCACGUGAUAACAAGAAGAAUAGAAUCAGUCCAAGACAUUUGUUGUUGGCAGUGAGGAAUGAUGAAGAGCUUGGAAAAUUGCUUGCUGGUGUUACCAUUGCUUAUGGUGGUGUUCUUCCCAAUAUCAACCCAGUGCUUUUGCCUAAGAGGAAAGAAAACGCUGCUGCCAGUACUCCAAAGUCUCCAUCUAAGGCCAAGAAGUCUCCCAAGAAGGCUUAAACUUGGUUCUAGGUUUAGGGACCUUUUAAUAUAGCCGAAAUGUUUAAUGCUGUAGUAAUUCUAUUUGGAUCUUCACAAUGUUAUGUAAGAGUUCCGCACAUAAAUGAAAACAUCUUGUUUUUAUUAUAA